CUGGCGACGAGAUAAAUGAUUGAAAAGUCGGGCUGAGCGAGUUGGAGAAUUCAGAUAGUUUGAAAAUCUUUUCUUUUAUUGCAGUUUCAGCCAUGAAUCGAAAGUAGUGCUACAGAAUCUACAAGGGAGAUCCCUUUACUUGAUCACACGUAGAAAAGAUGGCAGCUCGUGUCAAUGGCCAUCAAGCGGGAUCCAGGGGAACCCAGAAUGGCACCAAGCCCCUUGCCAAUGGUGUGCCCCGCCUGCCCCCAAUUAACACCCCAGCCAGUGUGCUGUCCUCCAGCAACAAAGACUACAGCCAGAGCAAGCUGAUGAAGCACCGGCGAGCCAAAGAGAUGCAAGGCCUGUUGACAGACAUCCUGUACAAGAAUGCUAAGGAGGUGGAGCUGGACAUUGGAGACAGCAACCGAAAGAGGCCACCCACGGCGCAGAAUCCAUCUUACCCGACAUCUAUGAUGAGCAAGGAUCGUAUGCACAGGCAAAAUUAUCUUUUCAUGAAGCAGUGCGUGGAGAGUAGUCCGGUGACCACCAUGGAGCCGCACUGGUUCCAGGACAUACUGAGUCUGAUCCCAGACCACCUCACCCAGAAUCCCAAGAUGCAGGAGUUCAUCGAGGAGCUCUUCCAAGAAGUGAAGGAGAAUUGGACCAGUAGUAUGAAGAAGUCUAUGGUUCAACACGUGCUCAUCAAACCAGACAUCAAAGGCUUGGAAAAUAUCAACAUUGGCGAACUGCCAGAGGAACCAGUAGGGCUGGACUACUCCAGACCAUGGCAUGAGAGCUUUGUGGAAGCUCGGGAGCUCAUGACCAGGUCCUUGCACAUCACACAUCCGUCCAUGCAGACGGUGCUACGACUUUGCCAGAACAGCCUGGGCCGACUGAUCUUGGUGGACCUCAGCAACCUGAGGUCCCAAGGACCAGUGGAAUGCGAACACCUCAAGAAUAACGUCAUCUUAGAGUGUGAGAAGAUGGAGGAGAAGCAGAUGCACAGUUGGUGGCCAGAGGUCCUCAACGUCUUCGUUGACAGGAAGAACUUUGCCGACGUCCACCCAGAGGAACUAGAGUCGUUCUACAACUGCACAUCCACUCUCAUAUCAAACCAGUUGAAAGAUCUCAUAGUCCGGUCCAUCGAUGCCUGGGUGGACCUCUUUGACCCAGCCGACAAGUCCCGCCUCCCCAUCUUCAAGAUGGAGCUGACCUACGACAACGACAAGAUGGAGUUCUACCCCUACUACUCGGACCUGGAGGACUGCCUUUUGUUUGUGAUCGGCCAGCUGACCAAGACCAUGCAGGGUGUGCCCACCGUCCAAUCCUGGCUCUCCGGCACUAACGAUCUCAGCAACAUUGACGUGGCCAUUGCCGAUCACAUCGUGGCCGAAGCCAAGAGGAAACUGAAAGAGGCCUGUAAGCUGAACUUUGAGGGGCCGACAGAGCAUCUUCAGUCCUACUUGGACAGAUAUGAGUACUUAUGCAAUGGUGAGGCACUGAGUAAAGUCCAAGCUUUCAUGGCCGAAGACCACACAUUUGAUGAGUACUGCAAGUUGAUUGAGGAGUUCCGCAGCAAAGCCAGGGAGAUUAUCCUCCAGGAUAGCAUUGUACACUUUGACAUGGUGCGUCUUGACUGUGAGGAUCUCAAACGUGGACUAGCUGAAAAGUCCAGGAGCUUUGCUGACAUGCUGCUGGACAGAAUGGCCUCUGACCACAGGAAGGAAAACGAAAGCAUUUGCAAUGAGUUUGAGACCAUCAAGGAACGGGCCCUCAAGGUCCCGGAGGACUCGGGCGAGAUGAUGGACAUGAUUGCCUACAUCGAGAAGGCACGCGUCGAGGGCAUCAAGGCGCUGAACGAGCGCAUCGGCGUCAGCAAGCAGAGGAUGAACUACCUCCUGGAUGUCUAUUUCUUCAGUCAGGAGCACAUCGAUCUCAAUUGCACAGUCCUGCUCUGGCCCAAGAACAUCCAGCCUGUGUUUGACGAGAACGACGAGCUUGUGGAAGCCUCAAAGAGGAAGGGUGAGCGUGAGUUACUGGAGAAACGAGAGAAGGUCAUGGUGGAGCUGGAGAAGAUCCGCAAGCGGGCGGCUGAGUUUGCAGAGUACGGCGAGCUGGACAUGAUGGUGCAGUACGUCAACGAUGUGCGGGCCGUGCAGAAGCGCAUCGCCGAGGCAACAGAGACCAUUGGCUUCAUCAAUAAGGAGGAGAAGCUUUUCAAAUGGGACGCCACCACAUACCCAGAGGUUGAAGAAAUCACAGUGGCCAUUGAGCCAUACAUGAAGCUCUUCAGUCUGGUGGUCAAAUGGCAGAGAGCCGAGAAAAAAUGGAUGGAUGGUGCCUUCAUGGAGCUGGACUCUGAAUCCAUCGGCAACGAGGCGGACGAGUACUGGAGAGACAUCUACAAGAUUACCAAGACCUUCCUCGCCCAGAAGAAGAAACGGGAUGCCGAGAAAGCCAAGGCAGCCCCGCCCAAGAAGAAGAGGAUCGGUGCGGAGGAAGGGGAGGAGCCAGCUGAGAAGAAGGAGGAGGAAGAGGAGGGCGGGGCUGGCCUCAAGGUGUGCAACACAGUGCAGGCACAGAUCAAGGAAUUUCAGGAAUACAUCCCCACCAUAGCCAUUAUGUGCAACCCAGGCAUCCGGACCCGUCACUGGAGCCAGAUGUCAGACAUCGCUGGCUUUGACCUGACGCCUGACUCGGGAACAACCCUACGUAAAGUGCUCAAGCUGAACCUAGAUCCGUAUAUGGAGAAGUUUGACUCCAUCAGUGCAGCAGCCUCCAAGGAAUACUCCCUGGAGAAGGCCAUGAAUAAGAUGGUGGAAGAAUGGGACCAGGUCCAGUUCAAUCUGACCACGUACCGAGACACAGGUGUCAAGAUCCUGGCCUCCGUGGAUGACAUACAGACCAUGCUGGAUGACCAGAUUGUCAAGACUCAGACCAUGCGUGGCUCGCCGUUCAUCAAGCCAUUCGAUAAAGAAAUCAGGGAAUGGGAAGAGAAGCUUCUACGUGUCCAGGAGACCAUCGACGAGUGGCUGAAGGUGCAAUCACAGUGGCUGUACCUGGAGCCCAUCUUCAGCUCGGAGGACAUCAUGCAACAGAUGCCUGAGGAAGGCCGGCUGUUCCAGAUCGUAGAUCGUAACUGGAAGGACAUCAUGAAGCACACUGUCAAGGAUCCUAAGGUUCUGGCAGCUACCUCAUUGACUGGCAUCUUAGAAAAGCUAAUUGACAGCAACAAGAAUCUGGACAACAUCCUGAAGGGUCUGAACGCCUACUUGGAGAAGAAAAGGCUCUUUUUCCCAAGGUUCUUCUUCUUGUCCAACGAUGAGAUGCUGGAGAUCCUGUCAGAGACCAAGGACCCCCUGCGGGUCCAGCCUCACCUCAAGAAAUGCUUUGAGGGCAUCGCCAAGCUGGAGUUCCUGCCUAACCUGGACAUCGUGGCCAUGUUCAGCAGCGAGGGGGAGAAGGUCAAGAUGACCUCGGUCAUCUCCACCACUGAGGCCCGAGGCGCCGUGGAGAAGUGGCUGCUACAGGUCCAGGAUGUCAUGUUGGUCAGCGUCAAGGACGUCAUUGAGAAAUCACAUCAGGCCUACGCCAUCGAAGCCCGGGAGGACUGGGUGCAGGAGUGGCCGGGCCAGGUAGUGCUGUGCGUCUCCCAGAUCUACUGGACAGCCGAGGUCCACGAGGCCAUCCGUGGUGGGCCCCAGGGCCUGCGGGACUACCACGACAAGCUGGAGAGCCAGCUACAGGACAUUGUGGCCCUGGUGCGCGGCAAGCUGUCCAAGCAGACGCGCAUCACCAUGGGGGCACUGGUUACCAUCGAUGUGCACGCCCGGGACGUGGUCUUGGAUAUGGCAGAAAAGGGUGUGGAGAAUGAGAAUGAUUUCAACUGGCUUGCCCAAUUACGAUAUUACUGGGAAAAUAACACUGUCAUGGUGCGUAUCACCAACUCCUUGGUCAAGUAUGCAUAUGAAUACCUGGGCAAUUCUUUCAGAUUGGUCAUCACGCCCUUGACUGAUCGCUGCUAUCGCACCCUGGUGGGCGCCUACCAUCUCAACCUGGGUGGUGCCCCCGAGGGCCCCGCCGGCACGGGCAAGACGGAGACCACCAAGGACCUGGCCAAGGCACUGGCCGUCCAGUGCGUGGUCUUCAACUGCUCAGACGGCCUGGACUACCUGGCCAUGGGCAAGUUCUUUAAGGGGCUAGCCUCCUCGGGGGCCUGGGCCUGCUUUGACGAGUUCAACCGCAUUGAGCUGGAGGUGCUGUCGGUGGUGGCCCAGCAGAUCCUCUGCAUCCAGCGGGCCGUCAUGACCCAUCAGGAGACCUUCAUCUUUGAGGGGACAGAGCUGGUGCUGAGGGACACCUGCUUUGUGGCUAUCACCAUGAACCCUGGCUAUGCUGGGCGCUCAGAGCUUCCUGACAACCUCAAGGUGCUAUUCCGCACAGUCGCCAUGAUGGUGCCAGACUAUGCCAUGAUUGGCGAGAUCAUGCUGUAUUCCUACGGCUUUGUGGACGCCCGAAACCUCUCCGUCAAGAUCGUCACCACGUACCGUCUCUGCUCAGAGCAGCUGUCCUCCCAGUUCCACUACGACUACGGGAUGCGUGCCGUCAAGGCAGUGCUCGCUGCUGCUGGUAACUUGAAACUCAAAUUCCCCGAUGAGAGUGAGGAUAUCCUGUUGCUGCGUUCCAUCAUCGACGUCAACCUACCCAAGUUCUUGUCCCACGACAUCCCUCUGUUUGAGGGCAUCAUCUCCGAUCUCUUCCCUGGUGUAGUCCUGCCCAAGGCUGACUACCAGGUGUUCUUGAAUGCCGUGGAGGAGGUAUGCGCCAAGAGAAACCUGCAGUGUGUGGAUGCCUUCCGGGAGAAGAUCAUCCAGACGUAUGAGAUGAUGAUCGUCAGACACGGUUUCAUGUUGGUUGGGGAACCCUUUGCUGGGAAGACAGAGGUCCUGCACGUCCUGGCAGACACCUUGACCCUUCUGAACGAGAGGGGCCUGAACGAGGAGGAGAAGGCCUUAUACCGCACUGUCAACCCUAAGGCUAUCACCAUGGGUCAGCUCUUUGGACAGUUUGACCCGGUCUCACAUGAGUGGACAGACGGAGUGGUUGCCAACACCUUCCGUGAGUUUGCCUCCACCGAGACCCCCGACCGCAAGUGGGUGAUCUUUGAUGGUCCCAUCGACACCUUGUGGAUCGAGAGCAUGAACACCGUGUUGGAUGACAACAAGAAGCUAUGUCUAAUGAGCGGUGAGAUCAUCCAGAUGUCCAACAGCAUGAGUCUCAUCUUUGAGUGCAUGGACCUGUCUCAGGCCUCGCCUGCGACUGUCAGUCGCUGUGGCAUGAUCUACCUGGAGCCGUCCAACCUCGGCUGGCGUCCAGUCUUCCGAUCUUGGCUCAACAACCUCCCAGAGACGUUGAAGAAAGAGGAGCCUUUGUUCAUCGCACUGUUUGAGUGGUUGCUGGAACCGGCUAUUGACUUUGUACAUCGAAAUACAAAGGAAUAUGUGCCCACAAGCACUAACAAUUUUGCCAGGUCUUUGAUGUACUUCGUCAACAUGUUCUUGGCAGACAACAUCAAACCAGAGACCGACCUGAAGCAUCUCAGACCUUGGAUUAUUUCCACUGUCUUUUUCUCCUUGGUGUGGUCGGUGGGUGCCGUGGGAGACACGGACGGCAGGGCCAAAUUUGACGAGUUCUUACGAGACAUCUUGUCAGGGAAGAAUGAGCAGCACCCCUACCCAGGGGAAGUGGGCACUAAGCUAGAUGUGCCUUUCCCCACCGAGGGGCUAGUGUAUGACUACAUGUAUGAUUUCAAAGCUCGAGGCAAGUGGGUUCAUUGGAAUGACACCAUCAAAGGAGCUAGCAUCGGUGAAGGUCGCAAGGUGCAGGAGAUUAUCGUACCUACCAUGGACACAGCUCGUUACACAUACCUCAUGGACAUAGCCAUUAGGCACAAGAGGGCCAUUCUGUUCGUGGGGCCCACCGGUACAGGCAAGAGUGUGUACGUCAAGGACAAACUGAUGAACAACCUCUCCAAGGAGGAGUUCCUACCCCUCUUUAUCAACUUCUCGGCCCAGACCAGCGCUGGCCAGACUCAGGAUAUCAUCAUGUCCAAGCUGGACAAGCGGCGUAAAGGAGUCUUCGGCCCUCCCAUGGGCAAGCGCUCCGUCAUCUUUGUGGAUGACCUCAACAUGCCGGCGAGGGAGGUAUACGGUGCCCAGCCACCCAUCGAGCUCCUUAGACAGUUCUUUGAUCAUGGAAAUUGGUACGACAAGAAAGACACCACCAAGAUUGUCCUGACUGAUGUCCAGUUCCUUACAGCCAUGGGUCCCCCUGGCGGAGGCCGUAAUCCUGUCACUUCCAGGUUCCUGCGACAUUUCAACAUCAUCGGCAUCACUCCGUUCAAUGACGAGACCAUGCAGCGCAUCUUCAGCACCAUCGUCAGCUAUUACCUCAGGGCCAACGAGUUUGCACCCGACUACUUCACGGCCGGCAACCAGGUGGUGGCGGGCACCAUGGAGGUAUACAAGCAGGCCAUGGCCAACCUUCUGCCCACGCCGGCCAAGUCCCACUACACCUUCAACCUGCGGGACUUCUCCCGCGUCAUCAUGGGCGUGCUGCUGAUCAAGAAGCAGGCCGUGGAGAACAAGCGCUCCUUCACCCGGCUCUGGGUCCACGAGGUCUUCAGGGUCUUCUACGAUCGGCUGGUAGAAGACAAGGAUAGGCUUUGGCUCUUCAACAUUGCCAAAACUCUGGUCAAGGAUGUUUUCAAGGACAGCUUCGACGCCGUCUUUGAGCACUUGGCCAAGGACGGCCGGGCGGUCUGCGAGGAUGACAUGCGCAGCCUGAUGUUUGGCGACUACAUGAACGUGGACGCCGAGCCUGAGGACAAGAUCUACGAGGAGGUCAAGUCAGUGGAGGAGUUCAACCAGGUGGUGGAAGGGGGUCUAGAGGAGUACAACAAUACCCACAAGACAGGAAUGAAUCUCGUCAUCUUCAGAUAUGUGCUGGAGCAUCUGUCUCGCAUCAGUCGUGUCCUGAAACAGCCCGGCGGGAAUGCCAUGUUGGUCGGGGUGGGUGGUAGCGGUCGGCAGUCCCUGACUAGACUGGCCACCAGCAUGGCCGGGUUCCACCUCUUCCAGCCAGAGAUCUCCAAGAGUUACGGCAAGAAUGAGUGGAGAGAGGACCUGAAGACCUUACUGAAGAAUGCCGGUGCCUUUGGCAAGACCACCGUCUUCCUGAUCACGGACACCCAAAUCAAAGAGGAAUCCUUCCUUGAAGACAUUGACAAUCUCCUGAACACUGGAGAGGUGCCUAACCUUUACGCCGUGGACGAGAAACAAGAGAUCAUGGAGGCUGUUCGGCCCAUUGCCCAGGCCGGUGACAAGAAUGCUGACUUCAGUCCCCUGGCCUUGUUUGCAUUCUUUGUUAACCGAUGUCGGGAGAACCUUCACAUCAUCAUCGCCUUCUCUCCCAUCGGUGACGCCUUCCGUAAUCGUCUCCGUCAGUUCCCGUCACUCAUCAACUGUUGCACCAUUGACUGGUUCCAGGCGUGGCCAGAGGAUGCCUUGACAAGGGUGGCCAACAAGUUCUUAGAGACAGUUGAGAUGGAGGAAGAGGAACGGAAGGAGGUGGUUGACAUCUGUAAACACUUCCACACCAGUGCCAGAAACCUCUCAGUCAGUUUCAUGGAGGAGCUUGGCCGUCAUAAUUACGUGACCCCGACCUCCUACCUGGAGCUCAUCUCAGCCUUCAAGACGCUGCUGGGCAAGAAGCGAGAUGAGACCAUGAAGGCCAAGCGGCGCUACGUGGUAGGGUUAGAGAAGCUGGCGUUUGCCGAGUCCCAGGUGGGAACCAUGCAGGUAGAGCUGAAGGAGCUACAGCCCCAGCUGGUGGUAGCUGCCGACGAGAACCAGAAGAUGAUGGUGGUUAUCGAGAAGGAAUCGGUAGAAGUAGCAGCUACUAGCGAGGUGGUUCGUAAGGAGGAAGAAGCAGCCAACAUCCAGGCGGCCGCAGCGCAAGCCUUGAAGGAUGAAUGUGAGAGUGAUCUGGCCGAAGCUAUCCCUGCCCUGGAAGCAGCUCUCGCUGCUCUCAACACACUUAAGCCUGCAGAUAUUGCUGUAGUCAAGACUAUGAAGAACCCGCCGUCUGGCGUCAAGCUGGUCAUGGCUGCCGUCUGCGUCAUGCGUGACAUCAAACCGGAGAAGAUCAAUGACCCUGCCGGCACAGGAGGCAAGAUCUUGGACUACUGGGGCCCCUCCAAGAAGCUAGUCGGUGACAUGAACUUCCUGAACUUGCUCAAGACGUACGACAGGGACAACAUUCCUGCCCACAUCAUGAAAAAAAUCCGCACUGAGUACAUCCCCAACCCUGAGUUCGACCCAGUCAAGGUAGCCAAAGCCUCCUCAGCAGCUGAAGGUCUGUGUAAAUGGGUGCUAGCCAUGGAAGUCUAUGACAGGGUAGCCAAGGUGGUAGCCCCAAAGAAGGAGAAACUCCGAGAGGCUGAGGCUGACCUCAGUGAGACUAUGACUCUGCUCAAUGCCAAGAGAUCGGAGUUGCGUGCUGUAGAGGAGCGCUUGGCCAACCUGAAGCAGCAAUUCAAAGACAUGACGGACAAGAAGGAACAGUUGGAACAGCAAGUAGACCUGUGUGCCAAGAAGCUGGACCGAGCCGAGAAGCUAAUCGGUGGUCUGGGUGGAGAAAAAGACAGGUGGACCACGGCUGCAGCCAACCUGCAGAAUAUCUACGACAACUUGAUGGGGGAUGUCUUGAUCUCGUCAGGUGUCAUUGCUUAUCUGGGCGCCUUCACCUCAGCGUUCAGGCAAAGGUGUACAAGUGACUGGACCAAAUUGUGCACGAUGAAGAAGAUCCCUUCUUCGGAUGAGUUCUCCCUGAGCAAGACCCUCGGUGAGCCCAUCAAGAUCCGAGCUUGGAACAUCGCUGGGUUGCCCACAGAUGCCUUCUCCGUGGACAACGGUGUCAUCGUUGACAACUCCAGGAGAUGGCCGCUGAUGAUCGACCCCCAGGGCCAGGCCAACAAGUGGGUCAAGAACUCUGAGAAGGACAACAACCUGUCGGUCAUCAAGCUGACGGACAACGACUACAUGCGCAUCCUGGAGAAUUGCCUGCAAUUUGGCACGCCGUUGCUGCUGGAGAACGUUGGAGAGGAGCUGGACCCGUCACUGGAACCCCUGCUGCUCAAGCAGACCUUCAAACAAGGUGGCGUGGAGUGCAUCCGUCUGGGUGAGAACGUGAUUGAAUACUCACAGGAUUUCCGCUUCUACAUCACCACCAAGCUGCGCAAUCCCCACUACCUGCCUGAGGUAGCCACCAAGGUCUCCCUGCUGAACUUCAUGAUCACGCCGGAUGGUCUGGAGGACCAGCUCCUGGGUAUCGUGGUGGCCAAAGAAAGACCGGAGCUUGAAGAAGAACGGCAGGCCAUGGUCCUCCAGAGUGCAGCUAACAAGAGACAGCUCAAGGAGAUUGAAGACAAGAUCCUGGAGACCCUCUCCUCCUCUGAGGGGAACAUCUUGGAAGAUGAGACAGCCAUCCGCAUCCUAGACUCCUCCAAGGUUCUCUCGGAUGAGAUCUCCAAGAAGCAGAAGAUCGCCGAGGAGACGGAGAUGAAGUUGAAUGAGUCACGGGCCGGCUACCGGCCCAUCGCCAAGCACUCCAGUGUCUUGUUCUUCAGCAUCGCCGACCUGCCCAACAUCGACCCCAUGUACCAGUACUCACUGAUGUGGUUUGUCAAUCUCUACAUCAACUCCAUCCAUGACAGGUGAGGGGAGGCGUGGCCCCUAGACUCUUUAUAUUUGGAGAGAGCAGUGAUGGCUGUGAUGGCACGUGGCUUAGUGAUGAUGCUGACCUUUUCCCCUUUUUUUCCAUGCUAUGAUUCAGUGUUUGAGAAAUUCAAACAGCACUUUGCAGCUGUGUUGUGCUGUAUUUUUCUCAAAAAGGAGAUGGACCAGGAGGAGUUCAUGUUCUUCCUGACGGGCGGCGUAGGGCUAGAGAACAAACUGGAGAAUCCUGACCCCUCCUGGCUCUCGGACAGGAGCUGGGACGAGAUCUGCCGCAUGUGUGACCGGCAGGCCUUCAAAGGAUUCAGGGAUCACUUCCAGGACCACUUGGAGGAUUGGAGAGCACUGUACAACAGCAAGGAGCCCCACAGAGAGACUUUCCCCGCCCCCUGGAGUGAGAAGCUCUCCGACUUCCAGAAGGCAAUUGUCAUCAGGUGUCUCAGACCAGACAAGGUGGGGCCACUGGUCACCGACUUUGUCAUCAGCAAGCUGGGCCAGAAGUUUGUCCAGCCUCCCCCCUUUGACCUGGCCAAGAGUUUCACCGACUCCCACUCCUGCGCCCCACUCAUCUUUGUCCUGUCCCCCGGCGCCGACCCCAUGGCCGCCCUGCUGAAGUUUGCCGGCGACAAGGGGUUCAGCGGGGAGAAAUUCAACGCCAUAUCACUGGGACAGGGACAGGGUCCUGUGGCAGCCAAGCUGAUUGAGGCAGCCAAGCAGGAUGGCACCUGGGUGGUGCUGCAGAACUGCCACCUGGCGGUCUCCUGGAUGACGGCGCUGGAGAAGAUCUGUGAGGAUUUUACCCCAGAGACAGUCAAUCCAGACUUCAGGCUGUGGCUGACCAGCUAUCCAUCAGACAAGUUCCCAGUCACUGUUCUCCAGAACGGUGUGAAGAUGACAAACGAACCACCAACAGGUUUGCGUAUGAACCUACUACAGUCAUACCUCAGCGAUCCAAUAAGUGACGAGGAAUUCUUCGCAUCGUGCCCUGGGAAGGAGGGGGCUUGGGAAAAGUUGCUGUUUGGAAUGUGUUUUUUCCACGCCCUGGUACAAGAACGCCGAAAGUUUGGCCCUCUAGGCUGGAACAUUCCUUACGGUUUCAACGAGUCAGAUCUCCGCAUUAGCAUCAGACAGUUACAGAUGUUUGUUAAUGACUACAAUGAGGUGCAGUACGAUGCCGUCUCCUACCUGACGGGUGAGUGCAACUACGGUGGCCGCGUGACGGAUGACCGCGACCGACGCUGCCUGCUGACCAUCCUGGCUGAUUUCAUCAAUCCCCAGAUUGUCUCCGACCCCAAGUACAAGUUCUCCCCCAGCGGCAUCUACUAUGCCCCACCCAAGAGCUCUUACGAGGAGUACUUGGAAUUCAUCAAGGGCCUUCCUCUAUCCCAAGAGCCCGAGAUCUUUGGCAUGCACGAGAACGUGGACAUCUCCAAGUCACUGCAGGAGACAAGGCAGAUCUUUGAUUCCAUCCUGCUGACCCAGGGAGGCCGGGCCAGCGCCGGGGGAGGCAAAACGGACGACGUGCUAUAUGAAAUCGCCCAUGACAUCCUGUCCAAGUUGCCCAAGGACUAUGAUUUGGAGGCAGCUCUAAAGAAGUUCCCAGUAGUGUACAACGAGAGCAUGAACACUGUAUUGGUGCAGGAAAUGGAACGAUUCAACAAUCUGAUGCGGACCAUCCGAAGCAGCCUGCAGAACCUGCAGAAAGCCAUCAAGGGCCUGGUGGUCAUGUCCUCGGAGCUGGAAGCCGUGGGCAGUAGCCUCCUCAUUGGCAAGGUGCCCGAGAUGUGGGCCAAGCGAUCCUACUCCACCCUCAAGCCUCUCGGCAGCUACAUCACCGACUUCCUGGGCCGGCUCAAGUUCCUGCAGGACUGGUACGACAACCAGAAGCCGGACAUCUUCUGGCUAUCAGGUUUCUUCUUCACCCAGGCUUUCCUGACGGGCGCCAUGCAGAACUACGCCCGCAAGUACACCAUUCCCAUCGACAAGUGCGGCUUUGAGUUUGAGGUCUUACCUUGUGAGACAGUGGACAAGCCUCCCGAGGAUGGCGUGUACGUGAACGGUCUGUUCUUAGACGGAGCUCGCUGGGACCGAAAGAAGGGAAUUCUUGCGGAGUCAAUGCCCAAAGUUCUGUUUGACCCUGUUCCUGUGAUCUGGAUCAAGCCUGGGAAGAAAGCCGAAUUCAAGCCCAAAGCUGACUAUGUGUGCCCCUUGUACAAGACCAGCGAACGUAGAGGCACGCUGUCAACAACUGGACACUCCACUAACUUUGUCCUGCCCAUGGAGUUGCCAACUGAUAAACCGGUCCAGCACUGGAUCAAGAGAGGUGUAGCUCUGCUCUGCCAAUUGGAUGACUAGGGUUGAUAAACUGGUUAAUCCAUAAGCAGUGGUUUGAUAUGUUAACUAUUGCUGGAUGUCUUGUACAUACAUUUAUAAACAGGUUAAUCUGUUUGAUAUAGUGAUUGCAACACUGGGUUCAAAAGAAAAUUGCUGAUUACCCUGGUUAGGGUUCAUUGGGUAAGAUACUCCCCGGUUAUGUUUUAAGUUACAACGUUGAGUUAAAGGUUGUAAAUAUUUGGUUUGUGUUACUUAUUUGUACAUACAUUGUUUGGAUUUUGAUAGUUCAUGGAGUGUAUUUCUAUUGUGGAUAUUGCAGCCUUGGGAAAUAUACAGAUUCCUUGGUACUUUUGUCCCAGCGCACAUUGCAGGCAGAGGAGUUUUUCUUGUGUUUAUUUGUUAUUUCAAUCUUUUGUUGAAUUUUCUUUGGUUUUAGCCAAGAUAUAUAUCAUAAAAUGAACUUUUCCUGGAGGGAAAAAUUGAAGUCUGAUCUAGUUAUUAAUUGCUAAAAAUGAGUACCUUUGGCCUUAAUACAGUCAAAGAGAGUGCCUUUGUAAUACCAAAAUAAGCCGGUCAUAUUACAUGUGUAUAUACUGUACAAAUGAUAUUCUGAUGUGUGGCUUACUUUGAAAGCAGCAGUGUGAGUUGACAGCAAUGGAAUACUUGCAUAAAAGAAAAAUUAGGAAUGUUACGCUGACAUUGAUGACUUACAACACACAUCGUGGAAGGGUUUCUCACCCUAAGGGUUUCUGGAAUAUCUUUAUGGGUGGAUUCUUCUGCCUCAAAAAACACCUUGGGCAUUGCGACUAGGAUAUGUAAGAUUCCUUCCAAAUCAAACACUGUGCAGUAAAACAGUGGUGUAUUCAUAGCACUAACUACUGCACUGGGUACAUUGUAACAUUGGAACUAACAAUGGCCUGGCAGAGGUGUCUUGAUUUCAUUGGUUUUUCCAAACCUGGCGUUUGAGUUUUGUUGGUGACACAAGUCCGAGGAAGGAACUGGCGUGAUGAACCUAUAUUUGCAGUCACCAAUUGGAAUGUUCACUUAUGAUGAAGAGAAAUGGAAAGCAAAUUUAAACCCUUGAAUUUUCUUCAAUUAUCCAGGUUAAAGUGAAGUUUAAUACCGUUCAAAACAUCCGACAUUUUUUUUCUUUGAAAAUGUCCAAAUGAUAUCGCCAUUAAGUGCUAGAUGAAGAUGAAUUUCUGUUGAAUCUUCAAACAUACUAUAAAUAGUUGUAGUAUCUUUCAGUGUCGGAACUCUGACUUGUGGAAAAGUAUUUGAAAAUGUAUAUUUUUAAAGUAAAUGAAUAUAGAAUUUAAAGAAGUUGACAUUGAGUUAAUAUUGUUCAAUUAACAUUCCCUCCUCUUUUUGAAGCAUUUUAAAAAGGAAAAACUUCCGUCCAAAAAUCCAAACUAUAUUCUUUGUAUUGAAGUCGCACCUUGAUAUUAAAAGAAUGUGUACAUUCCAUUUGUACUGUGUGAAAGCAAUAACAAAGGAUUGACGUGGUA